AUGAGCGACGUCUCGACGCCUGCGUUGGUAGAGGACGACUUGGAGACGAGGAUUGCUCUGCGCGCCGCCCAGCGGGCCGCUCGGACCCAAGAGAGGAUCGCGGCUGCCGAGGCUUGCAAAGAGAGGGGCAACGAGCAUUUCCGGCGUGGAGACUUCGUGAAGGCGGUGAUAUGCUACAAGGAGGCGGGCCAGACCUACCCCGCCAACGCAGUGUACGACCUGGCGGAGACCGGCGCUAUCGAAGCUUUGAAGUACGACCCCCGAUCGGUGAAAGCAAGAUAUCGCAGGGGGCUGGCACGGAUGAAGCUAAAAAAGUACUGGGAGGCAAUGGCUGACUUCGUGGCUGCCUUGAGACUCGAUCCCUCCUGCGAGGGCGCCCGAGAGCAACUCUACCUGGUGCGCGACGUGCUGAAAAUGCACGCAGACGCUGAAGAUGAUAGCGGAGACGAUACGGAUCCAGAGUAUGCUUACCCGCCCCUCGACAAGGCUCCUGCGCAGGACUGGGAGACCGGGUCUGAUUCGGAGGACUUUCGGCACGAAGGCUGUUUCCUACCGUGCAAGGAUUACAACCACGGCGGCUGCGAGAAAGGGAGGCGGUGCUCGUAUGCGCAUGGACCUGACCAGAAGAGCAUACGGGACAAAAUUGGGCGCAACGUCUGCGCACACUAUAUUUUUGACGGAUGCAAGGCUUCAGAAGGCCAGUGCGACUAUUCGCACGAUUUGCGCGCUUUGCCCGAAGAAUGGAUCACGCUGCGAGAGGAUGGAGUAUCACUCCGGAAAUUCAAGGCGGUAUAUGUGGUCCUUGAUGCAUGUCCACCGCCUCCUGGGGUUGGCAGGAAGCAAACGCGAGCGCUUACCGAGAUAUGUCGCAAUAUGGUGGAAGAUAUGUCGGACGACCUUGAGGAUUUACAGGAGGUGUUGGGGCACGCUAUGCGGAUCGCGCCACGAAGGCACGCAGCAACCUCUAAGAAUGGGUCUUCGAAAGGAUCGCUGGACGUGCCGCACAACGUGCCGCACGCAACAGAGAGAGAAUCUCUCCCGCGGAAAAGCUCGGGGAACGAGCUUUACAGGAGAGGAGACUCCACCGAAGCAACCAAGUGUUACCAAGAUGCCAACCGCAUAUACCCCACCAACCCGGUCUAUGGGUGCAAUGCCGCUGCGUGCCUCCUCAAGCUCAGAGAGUAUGAACUGGCAGAAAAGGUUGCCUUCGAGGCGCUCAAGGUAGACUCCCGGUCCGUGGAGGCGAGGUAUAGAAGAGGCCUGGCCAGACUGGAACAGGCGAAGUACUUGGAGGCCAGAGCAGGUGCCCAUACUUGGGUAUCUGCGAGAUUUGAUGCGGUAAUGUUAGAGUUCCUGACGGUGAUCAAGCUCGAUCCGUCGUGCAAGGAGGCAAAGGCGAAGCUGGGGGUGGUGACCGAGACCCUGCGAUUGCUCGUGCCCGCCGGGCUCGGGUACCUCGACGACAAGGUCGUCGACCCCUUACACCUGUACCCGCGACUCGACAGGCCUCCCGCGCUCGACUGGGAAACCGGCUCUGACUCCGAGGACUUCUACAAGGUCGCCUGUAGAGAGUACAACCACGCCGGAUGCAAGACGGGCGCGGGGUGCCCGUUCUCGCAUGCGCCUGACCACAAGAGCGCGAGAGACUUAUUAGGGAGGAACGGGUGUGCGUACCAUAUCUGCGACGGGUGCAAGUCCGGGGACGACCGCUGCGCCUACUCGCAUGAUUUGCGCACGCUGCCCCAGAAGUGGUCGGCCUUGGAGGAAGACCGCGAGCUCUUGGAGAAGUUCAGGCUGCUCUGUACGAAUAUCGACAUGUACGAUUCAGAAUACCCGGUUGGGGAGGAUGAAGGAAGGCGAGGAUGCGCGCGGAUAUCUGCCUGGGAUUGA